AUGGAAUUAGAAAAAGCCGCUGACUUUGGUAUGGAAGAUACAGAAGCAAAAAAGCUCCGUGAGCGAGCUAAAGCCUCAUUAACCGGAAUUCGCAAUUCAUUGCAAUCUGUGUUAUCUAAAAAUGAUAUUCUUAUUAGAUUGGAAAAAGGAGAAGAAGCGUUUAAAGAUUUUGAUAAAUAUGAUGGGCUUUUGCCUGAAAAAGAUUCGGAAAUUGAAGAAUUUACGGAACUGUAUUUCGAUAAAAGAGGUGAUUUUGAAUUGCCACGGCUUAAUAUUCCAUCGUUUAAUGGUAAUUAUACAGACUGGCUCAAUUUCAAAGAUUUAUAUGUUUCAACAGUACAUGGUAAUGAAUCUUUAAGCAAAGUACAGAAAUUUCAGUAUUUGAAAGGUUUAUUAGAAGAGCCAGCUGCUAUAAUUAAGCAUAUUCCGGUAUGUGAAAAUGGUUAUGAUGAAGCAUGGCAAAAAUUGCUUAAUAGAUAUGAUAAAAAGAAACAGAUAGUUAAUUCUUUAUUGAAAACAUUUAUUGAGCAGCCUAAUAUUAUUAAAGUAAAUGGUUGUAAUUUACGACAAUUGGCAGAUACCUCUGAUGAGUUUUUGAAUGAAAGAUGUUCAUCAUUAGAAGUAUGUGAUGAAGAAAAUAAUAAGAAAUUGGUUUUGAAACCGGAUAAAGUUGUCAAAGCAAAUUUAAUUAAUAAUUUAAAGCAAAUGUGUCCUAAAUGUAAUGGGGGGCAUGGUUUACACAAUUGUAUGAAAUUUAAAUUGAUGGAUGUUGAAUCUAGAAGAAGUUUUGUGUAUAAAAGUGGUUUAUGCUUCGUGUGUUUCAAGCAGCAUAAUGCUAAAAAUUGCACUAGUAAUUUUCUAUGUCGUAUUUGUAAACAGAAACACAAUACAUUAUUACAUGAGAGUUCUAAAAAUUCGUUGCAAGUUUCCUCAAGCAGUAAUAAAGACUCUGUAGAGGAAACUGGGAAUUCAAACCUUUCGGUCAAUACAAAUGAACAUUCGGGUAGUGCUUUGCUGCCUACGGCAGUUGUAAAAAUUAAUGAUUCGUCAGGACAGGCUCAAGACUGUCGUAUUUUGCUCGACUCUGGAUCUAUGGCCUCUUUUAUUUCGGAAAGUUGUUUACAAAGAUUAAAUUUAAAAAGAAAAAAUGCUAGAAUCUCAAUAAACGGCAUAGGAGGAAGCAAAACGGACACAACUCGAGGCGUAGUAAAUUUAACUAUUCAUUCGAAAACCCAAGAAAAGGCCCCUAAAUUGAACGUUCAGGCAUUUGUUCUAAAUAAAUUGACAGCGAACUUACCGUCGGAACAAUUGGAUACUAGUAACUUAAGUUAUUUAAAAGGUAUUGAUUUAGCGGAUCCUCGGUUCCAAUAG